AUCCGCGGCCUCGGAUUUUUUAAAACCGGCCUUUACGUACGCUUCGUCAUCCAUAAUAAUACAGACAAAUUUCUGUAUAAGACGGUCGUGGAAUUUCCGAGCACGUUGUUUCGUUGCGAUUAGGAGCUGUAUUCACUUUGUAAGAACGUAGCCCUCCGUUUUGCGUACUUUUUAGAUAUAUUAUGAGGUGGGUUUUUUCGAAGGCUGAGGUGAGCUCAGCCGAUCCAGAGUCCAGUGGAGGUCCCACUAACUUCCACCAAAUAAAACACAUUCAGCCCAAUUCUAAAUAUUCCCGUCCAGUUCAUCCCUCCCGGAGUCUGUUGUUCUCGAGAAUAAAAUCCUCCAAUUCUAAACUAUCGGGGAAAAUGAAAAUAUGGGAAUAGAAGUUCGAAAAUUCGAAAAUGUGAAGUUGGCUGUGUUUCUUUGAAGAAAUUCUCUUUUGACAGUUGACACGUAAACAUUAUAAAAUGUACAGCAUAGCCUUCCAUUUGGUAGCAGAAGAGAUGGACGAAGAUGUGGAGCAGAAUCGGACACAAAGGAUGGAAAGGAGGCAGUUACGCGAUGCAACAAACCCGCUUGAGUUGUCCCAAGCUUUAAGGUGGCUAUCAGACGGGAAUCGAAAAAGAAUACGACGUUUUUCUUGCUCAAUGUAGCCUCAGCAAAGUGAACAGCGGAAGAAAAACGCAAAAUUUCAUUGGCACUUUACCGUAAGCAUGGUAUUCCAAGUGUGAUGAGAUGCAUCGAUGGGACACGUCCGCAUUAUAGCUGCCUCCCAGAAUAAACACUUAUAUUAUAACAGAAAGGGAAAGUACAGCUUAAAUGUCAUGCUGGUGUGUGAUCAUCAUCUACGUAUUCAGUAUGUAGAUGCAUCCCACCCCGGUGCUUGUCACGAUUCCUUCGUUUGGAAUACCAGCGAGCUACGAACUCACCUUGAACGAGAAUAUUUAAGAGACUUGGGCAAUUAUUUUCUGCUUGCCGUGGCUUUUAACCCUCAUAGAAGUCCACAGGAAGGAUCCGUUGAAAUGAAAUUCAUCGAAGUUCACUCAAAAUGCAGAAAUGUUAUAGAACGUACCAAUGGGGUGCUAAAAAUCGAUGGAGAUGCCUUCUUGGAGCAAGAGAGUUGCAUUACUCCCCAGAAAAGAGUGAAUAGUGUUAUGGAUUUCGACGAGUCACACAAUUCAACUGCCCAAGAAAGUGAGGUGAUAUCUCCUGCUUCAGCCCAAUAUUUGUCUACUGCGCAAAGAAUGAGAAAUAACAUUGGAAAUAAUAUAUAAAUACAGUUUCAAAAUAUGAGUACCCAACAGCAAAAAUCAUCAGAAAAGUUUCUAUAUAUAAUAAUGUUUACAUAUAAUUGUAUUUAUGUAUAACAAAGUAAAUUCAGUCUUCUUGACAAUAACAAAACAAGUAACGAAAAUAAAGGAAAAUUAACAUAUUUUCAUAAGUAAAUAUGUACACUGGCGAUCAAAAGU